AUGGAGCGGCCCGGCGCCUCCAGGACUCUGAUUGGCUGCCACGCUCUGCUAGCCGUGUGCUGCCUGCUGCCUGGGGCCUCUGGCGAUGGCUGCUCGCUGGAGCUGCGCCGACUGCGGCGCUACCAGCCGCUGCUGCUGGCUUGGUCCGGGCCGGAGGAGGGGGGCCGCCGCCUCGCGGUCAGGCGGCCGAGCGCCCCGGGCGAGGUGCGCUACUCGGAGGGCGAGCGCGCGCUACUGGCCUGCCCCGGCGAGGGCAACUGCCUGCUGCCGGCGGGCGGGCGCUGGCUGGAAGCCGUGUGCCGCGCGGGGCGUCUCGAGCCCGGCCCGGGAGACCACAGCUGCAGGCUUCCUCCAGCCGGCAGCAUCAUACACGCCGACACCCCGUGCGCGGACGCCGCCGACGAGACAGCCCGGGACGAGCACACCCGCGUGCAGAUCGUUUUCCAGUUCGGAGAACACCGCGUCAGUCUCGUCGACGUGUGCUUCAACACGAGGACCCAGAGCGCACUGUACUCCAAGUACGAGAUCGCGAAAGAAAUCGACAGACGUCGGAUCCCGGAGAACGUGACGGACGUCCACUGGUGGGAGGGAACAGGGCUUUACUCUUACGACGUCGCCGGGGCGUACUCGAACCAGGAAAAAACUCUCGGGGGCAUCUUGGGGGACGAGGAACUCGCCAGGACGUACUUGAGCGGGGUGCUCCCGCUAUCGGAUCAGGAGAGAGUCGUCGACGAGAACUCGCUGCGAGAAACGUGCUCGGACAGCGCGAAGAACAGAUCGGAGUGCUAUCUCGUCGAGGGUCACCUGGCCGGCGAGCUAGACUUCGUGUACCUGGCGCAGCAGUUCGCGACCCUGUACUACGUCAACUCGGCGCCGCAGUGGCGGAGCAUCAAGGGUCGCAACUGGGAGAGGAUCGGCGAGGCCGUCAGGCACUACGCCUCGUCGCGGCGGGUUGACCUGGAGGUGUACGCGGGGACGCACGGCGUGGCCAGCCUGCGAGGCAAGCGACUGUACAUCCACCGCCCCGACGACGAGCACGAGAAGACGCCGGUGCCCCAGUGGCUGUGGAAGCUGGUGGUCGACAGGUCGGGGAACUGCGGCGUCGUGUUCCUGGUGCUGAACAACCCCUACAUGACCUCGGAGCAGGCGGCGCGGGCUCGCCUGAACUGCUCGUCGGCUGGAGACAGCGUGCCGUUCAUGGGCGAGGCUCGGUGGAGCAGAGUGGGCGAGGGCUACUCGCACACCUGCGCGGUGCGGGACUUCCUGCGGCACGUGCAGGUGUUGCCUCUGGUCGGCGCCGCGGGCCUAGGGACACUCAGCUUCCCCGCGGACUACUCACCCCCGUCCUAGCAGCGUGCCGCUCAUGGGCGAGGCUCGGUGGAGCAGAGUGGGCGAGGGCUACUCGCACACCUGCGCGGUGCGGGACUUCCUGCGGCACGUGCAGGUGUUGCCUCUGGUCGGCGCCGCGGGCCUAGGGACACUCAGCUUCCCCGCGGACUACUCACCCCCGUCCUAGCAGCGUGCCGCUCAUGGGCGAGGCUCGGUGGAGCAGAGUGGGCGAGGGCUACUCGCACACCUGCGCGGUGCGGGACUUCCUGCGGCACGUGCAGGUGUUGCCUCUGGUCGGCGCCGCAGGCCUAGGGACACUCAGCUUCCCCGCGGACUACUCACCCCCGUCCUAGCAGCGUGCCGCUCAUGGGCGAGGCUCGGUGGAGCAGAGUGGGCGAGGGCUACUCGCACACCUGCGCGGUGCGGGACUUCCUGCGGCACGUGCAGGUGUUGCCUCUGGUCGGCGCCGCGGGCCUAGGGACACUCAGCUUCCCCGCGGACUACUCACCCCCGUCCUAGCAGCGUGCCGCUCAUGGGCGAGGCUCGGUGGAGCAGAGUGGGCGAGGGCUACUCGCACACCUGCGCGGUGCGGGACUUCCUGCGGCACGUGCAGGUGUUGCCUCUGGUCGGCGCCGCGGGCCUAGGGACACUCAGCUUCCCCGCGGACUACUCACCCCCGUCCUAGCAGCGUGCCGCUCAUGGGCGAGGCUCGGUGGAGCAGAGUGGGCGAGGGCUACUCGCACACCUGCGCGGUGCGGGACUUCCUGCGGCACGUGCAGGUGUUGCCUCUGGUCGGCGCCGCGGGCCUAGGGACACUCAGCUUCCCCGCGGACUACUCACCCCCGUCCUAGCAGCGUGCCGCUCAUGGGCGAGGCUCGGUGGAGCAGAGUGGGCGAGGGCUACUCGCACACCUGCGCGGUGCGGGACUUCCUGCGGCACGUGCAGGUGUUGCCUCUGGUCGGCGCCGCGGGCCUAGGGACACUCAGCUUCCCCGCGGACUACUCACCCCCGUCCUAGCAGCGUGCCGCUCAUGGGCGAGGCUCGGUGGAGCAGAGUGGGCGAGGGCUACUCGCACACCUGCGCGGUGCGGGACUUCCUGCGGCACGUGCAGGUGUUGCCUCUGGUCGGCGCCGCGGGCCUAGGGACACUCAGCUUCCCCGCGGACUACUCACCCCCGUCCUAGCAGCGUGCCGCUCAUGGGCGAGGCUCGGUGGAGCAGAGUGGGCGAGGGCUACUCGCACACCUGCGCGGUGCGGGACUUCCUGCGGCACGUGCAGGUGUUGCCUCUGGUCGGCGCCGCGGGCCUAGGGACACUCAGCUUCCCCGCGGACUACUCACCCCCGUCCUAGCAGCGUGCCGCUCAUGGGCGAGGCUCGGUGGAGCAGAGUGGGCGAGGGCUACUCGCACACCUGCGCGGUGCGGGACUUCCUGCGGCACGUGCAGGUGUUGCCUCUGGUCGGCGCCGCGGGCCUAGGGACACUCAGCUUCCCCGCGGACUACUCACCCCCGUCCUAGCAGCGUGCCGCUCAUGGGCGAGGCUCGGUGGAGCAGAGUGGGCGAGGGCUACUCGCACACCUGCGCGGUGCGGGACUUCCUGCGGCACGUGCAGGUGUUGCCUCUGGUCGGCGCCGCGGGCCUAGGGACACUCAGCUUCCCCGCGGACUACUCACCGACGUCCUAGCAGCGUGCCGCUCAUGGGCGAGGCUCGGUGGAGCAGAGUGGGCGAGGGCUACUCGCACACCUGCGCGGUGCGGGACUUCCUGCGGCACGUGCAGGUGUUGCCUCUGGUCGGCGCCGCGGGCCUAGGGACACUCAGCUUCCCCGCGGACUACUCACCCCCGUCCUAGCAGCGUGCCGUUCAUGGGCGAGGCUCGGUGGAGCAGAGUGGGCGAGGGCUACUCGCACACCUGCGCGGUGCGGGACUUCCUGCGGCACGUGCAGGUGUUGCCUCUGGUCGGCGCCGCGGGCCUAGGGACACUCAGCUUCCCCGCGGACUACUCACCCCCGUCCUAGCAGCGUGCCGCUCAUGGGCGAGGCUCGGUGGAGCAGAGUGGGCGAGGGCUACUCGCACACCUGCGCGGUGCGGGUCUUCCUGCGGCACGUGCAGGUGUUGCCUCUGGUCGGCGCCGCGGGCCUAGGGACACUCAGCUUCCCCGCGGACUACUCACCCCCGUCCUAGCAGCGUGCCGCUCAUGGGCGAGGCUCGGUGGAGCAGAGUGGGCGAGGGCUACUCGCACACCUGCGCGGUGCGGGACUUCCUGCGGCACGUGCAGGUGUUGCCUCUGGUCGGCGCCGCGGGCCUAGGGACACUCAGCUUCCCCGCGGACUACUCACCCCCGUCCUAGCAGCGUGCCGUUCAUGGGCGAGGCUCGGUGGAGCAGAGUGGGCGAGGGCUACUCGCACACCUGCGCGGUGCGGGACUUCCUGCGGCACGUGCAGGUGUUGCCUCUGGUCGGCGCCGCGGGCCUAGGGACACUCAGCUUCCCCGCGGACUACUCACCCCCGUCCUAGCAGCGUGCCGUUCAUGGGCGAGGCUCGGUGGAGCAGAGUGGGCGAGGGCUACUCGCACACCUGCGCGGUGCGGGACUUCCUGCGGCACGUGCAGGUGUUGCCUCUGGUCGGCGCCGCGGGCCUAGGGACACUCAGCUUCCCCGCGGACUACUCACCCCCGUCCUAGCAGCGUGCCGCUCAUGGGCGAGGCUCGGUGGAGCAGAGUGGGCGAGGGCUACUCGCACACCUGCGCGGUGCGGGACUUCCUGCGGCACGUGCAGGUGUUGCCUCUGGUCGGCGCCGCGGGCCUAGGGACACUCAGCUUCCCCGCGGACUACUCACCCCCGUCCUAGCAGCGUGCCGCUCAUGGGCGAGGCUCGGUGGAGCAGAGUGGGCGAGGGCUACUCGCACACCUGCGCGGUGCGGGACUUCCUGCGGCACGUGCAGGUGUUGCCUCUGGUCGGCGCCGCGGGCCUAGGGACACUCAGCUUCCCCGCGGACUACUCACCCCCGUCCUAGCAGCGUGCCGUUCAUGGGCGAGGCUCGGUGGAGCAGAGUGGGCGAGGGCUACUCGCACACCUGCGCGGUGCGGGACUUCCUGCGGCACGUGCAGGUGUUGCCUCUGGUCGGCGCCGCGGGCCUAGGGACACUCAGCUUCCCCGCGGACUACUCACCCCCGUCCUAGCAGCGUGCCGCUCAUGGGCGAGGCUCGGUGGAGCAGAGUGGGCGAGGGCUACUCGCACACCUGCGCGGUGCGGGACUUCCUGCGGCACGUGCAGGUGUUGCCUCUGGUCGGCGCCGCGGGCCUAGGGACACUCAGCUUCCCCGCGGACUACUCACCCCCGUCCUAGCAGCGUGCCGUUCAUGGGCGAGGCUCGGUGGAGCAGAGUGGGCGAGGGCUACUCGCACACCUGCGCGGUGCGGGACUUCCUGCGGCACGUGCAGGUGUUGCCUCUGGUCGGCGCCGCGGGCCUAGGGACACUCAGCUUCCCCGCGGACUACUCACCCCCGUCCUAGCAGCGUGCCGUUCAUGGGCGAGGCUCGGUGGAGCAGAGUGGGCGAGGGCUACUCGCACACCUGCGCGGUGCGGGACUUCCUGCGGCACGUGCAGGUGUUGCCUCUGGUCGGCGCCGCGGGCCUAGGGACACUCAGCUUCCCCGCGGACUACUCACCCCCGUCCUAGCAGCGUGCCGUUCAUGGGCGAGGCUCGGUGGAGCAGAGUGGGCGAGGGCUACUCGCACACCUGCGCGGUGCGGGACUUCCUGCGGCACGUGCAGGUGUUGCCUCUGGUCGGCGCCGCGGGCCUAGGGACACUCAGCUUCCCCGCGGACUACUCACCCCCGUCCUAGCAAUUCCGCAGAAAUAUCUGGUACCCUGACGAUUGCACUGUAACACGGACAUUGUUCCAAGAUAAACUUCUAGACGUCUCUUGACGUCACCAGCGAGCCAAUGAAGGCGAUGUUCGAAUUUUCUCGAAGUAUAUACUUUUAUGUACUUCCCCCUUCCCGAAGUAGAAGGUCUGACCGAACUGGAAGUAAAGUAUACAAGUAUGCAAGUAAUAUGUAUAAUUCUCGCGUUCUUUUUCUAGUUAAAGAGAAUCGUCGCCAUUGAAAAAAUGUUUCGAAGGUUGUAUUUGAUAUGGAAUUUAAGUAAUUUAAAGACGUUUAAAAUCCUUUCCAUUUUAUAUUCAGGUGUUCGCUCCAGGUCAACCGUGCUUUGGUAGAUAGGCUGGCUGGCUGCGCUGUCGAGUUAUUAAUAAAAUAUGAAAUGCUUCGUCUUCAACAAUACUUCAAUUGAGCUCCGAGGAGAUUAGCAAACGGUUCACCAGUUGUCCCAAGUUCCUUUGCUGUUAGUGAUCUACGGGAGAUUGGUCACGGGCGUGUAGUGGUCAGCAGAACAUUUUCCCAGUCCAAGGAUCGAUUGCCACUCCCUAGUGUUAGUCUGUAAGCUGUCUACUACAUUUUGUAGAUUUAAAAAAAAAUGAUUUUUAAGAAAUUUAAGACUCCUAAUUUGAUUUUUAUUCGGUAAUUUUGAAGCCCGUAAAAAAAUGAUUGUGUGUUUGUAGAGUGAAUGAGUCGUACGGCACUGCGCUAACUUCUUGUCUGACGUAAUGAACCAAGUGCACUCCAGAGGGACGCCUGCACUGCAGAACUCAUCAAGGGAGGGCCGUGGAAGACAAAUGAGCUUGUUUCGUGUGCUAUUUCAACGCCGCAGAAUAUUCUUUAUUAACGUAGAAGACACGCUGGGAUAUCCGAAGAAUGUGCGAGGAUGGGGGAAUUUCAAAGGGAAUAUUAAUUUGGGGUCUUCGAGUGUUCGAAAGAUAUUCGAUAUUUGUUAAUAGUUUGACACUAAAAUUUAAAUUUUACUUUGAAUUAAAAAAAAAUAUUACCAAUAGAACCAAGUGGAACAUGUUUACAAAAAAAAUUAAUUUAAAAAAAUGUAACAUGUAUGAAGCUAAGAUGAUUUGUUAAGAAAAUAAGAUCUGUUUUCUGCAAAAUUAUGUAUAAUAUAUUUUUAUAUGUAACAAAUAAUCUGUAAUUAUGAUUUAAAUUUCUAAUAUUGCUAAUUUUUUACGAAUGUUUUCAAAUUUUAAAUUUUAUUGUUUUAAGAAAAUGCUUGGAUA